AUGAAGGUCCUCAGUCUCAACUUCCUGACCUGCGCCGUCAAGGCCUGCAAAUCCUCAUCCAGCUCAUAUCCUCUCCACCCUCAAGACGCAGAACUGGUGCAGGAUGAGAUCGAGCUCAACCCAGACAUGCUGAUCAACGUGCUGCCACGCCUCGACUGGGCAGCCCUGCGAACGACUUCAUCAGAGCUCGGCUUCCCGCCUCUGCCUGAGCAGGCGCCGACGCAGGAAGAGCUGCGGGCUGAUGAGAAGAUGGUCAAGGACCUGCACCACUUGUUGCUGGAGACGCAGAUUUCUGAGGGGAAGCUGGUGUGCGCCAACUGCGGCCACUCGUAUGCCGUCAAGGAGGGCAUUGCGAACUUUUUGCUGCCGAGUCAUUUGGUGUAA